GAUGAGGAUGACGACGACGUGACUUGAGCAGCUCCAGCAGGUCGCCUGGGUUCAGGCGUUGGCGUCUUCUCGUUCGCUCGUUGCUCCUCCUCCACCGCCUUGAGCUGAAGUCGCAGAUCCGCUAGAGGAAGCAGACGGAAGGCGGCCGCGCGUAGAGACGAGGGCGCAGAGAAGGCGGACAAUGGCAGAAAACAAGACGGGCCCGAACCUCCAGGCUGGAGCUGGGAUCUUUGCCAAACGGGUCCAGAAGUCUUUGAAUCGAGCCCAGGAGAAGGUACUUCAGAAACUGGGCAAAACCAUGGAGACCAAGGAUGAACAGUUUGAGCUUUGCUUUCAGAACCUCAACAAACAACAGGUUGACGGAAACAGGCUGUUUAAAGAUGUCCGAGCCUACUACACAGCAGUGAAAGCUAUGCACGAGGCCUCCAAGCGUCUGUCCCACACACUGCGGGACAUCUACGAACCGGACUGGAAUGGAGUGGAGGACCUCGCUGUCAUCACAGACAGUGAAGACUUGUUGUGGAACGACUUUGAGGAGAAACUGAGUGACCAGAUUGUUCGCACAAUGGAGAACUAUAGCAGCCAGUUCCCUGAGGUCAAGGAACGCGUUGCUAAACGUGGGCGUAAGCUGGUGGACUACGAUUCGGCACGGCACCACCUGGAGGCCUUGCAGAGUGCCAAGAAAAAGGAUGAGGCCAAAAUAGCCAAGGCAGAAGAAGAGUUCAACAAGGCCCAGAAUGUCUUUGAAGAGAUCAAUACUGAGCUGAGGGAGGAGCUGCCUGUUCUCUAUCAGAGCCGUAUAGGUUGCUAUGUGACCGUCUUCCAAAACGUCUCCAACCUGAGGGACGUCUUCUACAAGGAAAUGAGUGUGCUAAACCACGAGCUUUACAACGUGAUGAAGAAACUGGAGACUCAACACUCCGGAAAAGCUUUCAUCAUCAAGGGUCUGAACAGCACUUCUGGCAAGUCAAAGAAGAGGAAGUCUCUGGUCAUCUCCAACCCCAUUCCCUGCAACACAGCAUUCCCAGCAGACCAUGUCUCCAUCCAUUCCUCCACCACAAAUGGAAAAGAGGCAGUGCCUUCAUCUGCUGCUCAACAAGCCCCAAGUGUGUCUGAACAAAUGAACGAGCCAGAAGAUGUCAACUCGUCGGACUCCGAGUUCAGCUCCAGUGGCACAAACACUCCCCAGAGGCAGUCGGUGAGUGACCAGGAGAACAGCAACAGGAGCACAGCACCGAGUACGGCGGACGCAGACGCAGACGAGGAGGCAGACGCAGACGCGGACGCAGACCACUCUGAUGACUCUGGGGUGGGGGUCCCGAAGUCAGAAGCUGCUCAGUCCAAUCUGUCUGACUCCGCUGACAGUGACGCUCCCCAGAGUCCUGAGCAGGACACGAGCGACCCUCCGGCAGAGGAGGCCGAGCCCACACCGUCACCAGUACCUGCCCCUCGUUCUUCCUUCCGCUCCACUGAACAACGCAGCCUCCUACCUGCUAAGCAGGAGCAGGAGCAGGAGUCCGAGGAGGAACCAGAUGCUGAGGAGUCCGGUCCGCCCGGUUUCUUAUAUAAGGGGGUGGCGCUGGUGAGCCACGCAGCAUCUGAGCAGGGCCGGCUUCACUUCCAGCAGGGAGACGUCAUCCUCGUGCUCUCCGAACCUCAAGAGGACGGGCUGGUGAGGGCGAUCCGGGAGGAGAGCUGGAACCAGCACAGAGACGUGGAGCACCACUGUGGGAGCUGCUUGGAAGAGCUCCUCCAGCCUGUUGAGGACUGAGUGAAGCAGCGGCUUCACGCUCCACCUCCUGAGCGCUGGCCAUGACUUGUGCAAACAGAUGCCCACGCAUGGAGGGAGUCCGCCCUCAGGCCACGCGGUUCCUCACAAGAUGAUAUCGCAACUGAGCUGCAGAACCGUUGGAAAUGCUACAGUAUUUAGACAUGUGUAUUUUCAGUCUUUCUAUGAAACACUGUGAGGUUUUACAUUGAUGCUACAAUUGUGUGUAAAAUGCCCCAAUAAAGUGAUCAAGGAUGUU